AUGAUUCCGUGCGUUGUUACGGUAUAGCGAUUGGUUGGAUUUAAAUUCAAUCGCGGCAGUUUGGAAGUGGAUAAAACGUAGGUAAACUAGUGUCAUUGUCUUCAUCAGUCAUGAUGGAGACAUGUCUAAAUGGAAAGCCUGACCGAACAGAACCCAUGAGUGUGGAGGACUUGAGAAAAGAUCUCUUUGAAGAAUUUUCUUCUGUGUCUUCAACUUCUGUGUCGUCACAGGAUAGUUUACAGGAAAAGGAACAUCUGCAAGUUUACCUUCGCAUAAGACCUUUCAGGCAAUCUGAAAUAGAUAAGGAUGAAUCACAGGAAUGUGUUGAAACUGAGAACUCGAACAGUGUGAUCCUAAAAGCUCCAAGACAAUCCUUAACAUGUAGACUCAGUGAUAAAUCCCUCCCGCAGAUGGCUCAACGCUUUCAUUUUUCACAUGUUUAUGGUCCUGAAACCACACAGGAGGAGAUCUUUAACGGCACUGUCAAAUCUAUGGUUAAAGACUUUCUUGAUGGGGCGAAUUCUCUGGUUUUUACAUAUGGCGUGUCCAAUGCUGGGAAAACCUUCACUUUUUUAGGCCCUGAAAAUGACAUUGGGAUUCUUCCAAGGUCUUUGAAUAUGCUGUUUAAAAGCAUUGAUUACAAACUGUAUGAGAAUAUGGAUCUGAAACCACAAAGGUGUAGAGAACACAUACGACUUACCAAAGAACAGCAGUCGGAAGAAAUUGCCAAUAAAAAUGCUAUUCUUCGCUUAAUGAAAGAGGUGGAUUCACAAAACCAUCUAAAUUCAAGCAACAAGUUUUCAUCCAGAUCAGAAGGUUCCUCCAUCGAUGUUCUUGGAGACUUUGAAGAACAGCUUGAUUCUUCAGAACGGUUUAGUUUAAAUGUUGGCACUAAUAUAAAAUUUUCACUCUGGGUGUCUUUCUGUGAAAUUUAUAAUGAGAAUAUUUUUGAUUUACUUGACCCCGUGUCAAACUGCGCACUGAAGAGAAAUACACUUCGACUUGCACAGGAUGUCAAAGGCAACACCUUUGUAAAAGAUCUGAAGUGGGUUCAAGUGUCUAGCCCGGAAGAAGCGUAUACAAUUCUGAAGCUUGGGAAGAAACAUCAAACGAUUUCCUGCACCAAGCUCAACAACCUUUCAAGCAGGAGUCAUAGUAUUUUCAGUAUUCGGAUUUUACAGAUUGAAGACAUUGGAGUACCCCGUGUGCUAAAAGUCAGCGAGUUCUCGUUGUGUGAUCUUGCUGGAUCAGAGAGAUGUGCCAAGACUCAGAAUAAGGGAGAUCGCUUAAAAGAAGCUGGAAACAUCAAUACCUCAUUGAUGACUCUAGGAAAAUGUAUCAAUGCUUUGAGACACAACCAGCAGUCAAAGCUGCAACAACAUGUGCCAUUUAGAGAGAGCAAGCUGACACAGUACUUUAAAGAUUUCUUUUGCGGCAGAGGAAAAGCUUGUAUGAUUGUGAACAUUAACCAGUGUGCCUCCAUGUUUGAUGAGACCCUUAAUGUGUUAAAGUUCUCAGCAGUUGCUCAGAAGGUGGUGGUUCUCAAUACAACAAAACCUCUUCCAUUUAUUCCCAAGAAAUCGGCUAGGGAGGUGUCCUUUCUUAUUAAUAAUGCAGACAGAAAGAAAUACUGGAGGUCAAGAAAAAGCUCCUUUGUUAACUGGGAUAUGAGUUUGCAAGACGUGCCAGAAACCAGUGAUGGUGCCGAUGAGGAGGAAAGUUCUGAAGAGGAAAAUAUGGAAGAGACUAUCCAGAAUGAGGAGGGAAGUUCUGAAGAGGAAAACAUGGAAGAGACCAUUCACAAUGAGGGUGACGGUGAUGACGAAAUUACAGUUGACAAGGAAUCAUACGAGAAAAUGCUGGCUCAAAUAACAGAACUGCAGAACAAGUUAGUACAAGAAAAAACAGACAAACUAAUUAUGGAGAGCAGGAUUCGAGAAGAGGUUUCCCAGGAAUUCAUGCAGCUGUUCGAACAAAGGGAAUGUGAUUUCAGUGAACGUCUCGAGAAAGAAAGAGAGAUCAUUGAGAAGAGAGGUGAAGAGCGACUUCACAUUUUAAAGACUCUGGUGGCCAAACAACGUGGUGGUCCCGAAAUAGAACCGAAUCAUUGUGAAUCAAAUGAGGAGGUUGAGAGUAUUCUGGAGGGGAUGAUGGGGUCCAUGCAAGAUGACCUUGCUGAUAUAAAAAAACAAGCAGAAGCAGCACAAACAUGUCUUGUAACCUUGCCUGAAACACAAGAUAUUGCCACUCUUCAAACCCAGCUUGCCACAGUUUCUGAAAAACUAGCUGAAACACAGAAAGAACUAUGGAUGAAAGCAAAAGAAAUAGAAGCUUUAAUUUGCAAUCAAAUACAAGCGCCCAAUGACCAUCUGAAAGAAGCAAAAAAGAAAAUUGAAGCACAAAAUGAGAAAUUACAGCGUCUUACAGAGAUGUGUCAUGAAAAAGAUGAAGUCAUAAGUAAUCUACAAGAUGUGUUGGACCGCUGGGAGGAGUCUGCUGUAAGCUCUGAGAAGACUGUACAAACUAUUAAAGGAGAAAUCUUGAACUUCAAAAUGAAAUGUACAUGCAUGAGUGAAAAUGGUGCACAGAUGGAAAAGGACCAACUCAUUCAGACUGGUAGCAGAAAGCGAGUUUGUGAUCAACAGGACCCUGUGGGACAGCCACCUCUAAAGAAAGGACCAGUUAAAGGAGAAUGUCUUUGCUCCACUGUAACCCGACAGGAGCACAGAAUUGAAGGCUUAACAAAGGACCUCUCAACAAAAGAGGCAGAGGUGAUGGAAUUAAAGGAGAAAGUAGAUACACUGGAGCAGCAGUUAGCUUCAGUUAGAGAGUUCCUCCAAACAGAGAGAAAUGUAAAACAGGGGCUAUGUGAGCAGAUUAAUAAAGUAAAAGAUGAACUGUCUUCCUCCAAAAUGAACUUUAGUGAGGUAAAUGACAAUAUUAAGCAGCAGGCUAGUUCUUAUGAAAUUUUAAUGUCUGAUCUGCAAGCACAGAGAGAUGCGAACAAAAUGCAGACCAACAAAGUAGAGCAGUUUGAAAAAGAGAUAGGACUCCUCAGAACAGAGGCAGUGGAAAAGGCAGAACAAAUCCAAAUGCUGCAGGAAAAAAAUGAGCAGCUCUGUAACAUGGAAGAGGUGGCAAAGGCUAAUGCUGCAGAUUUACAAAGCACAAAGGAUUUGUUGGUGAAAACUGAACAGGAGUCCCAGGAGAAAUCCUCAAAGAUGAAGGCAUUACAAAACCAGCUGGUAGUCCUUGGUCUGGAACUAGAAAAUACCAGAACCACAGCAGCAAAGAGAGACGGCAGCCAUUUCCAUGCCACAAUCGAAGCUCUGCGCAAAGAGUGUGAGCAGAUAGUAAAGGUGUCUUCUGAAAAAAGCCAGCAGAUACAAGACCUGGAGCAACAAGCCGAAAGCUUAAAGCUGCAGGUUACUGGUCAAGAGGAGCAGCUGAGACAACAGUUGAAUGAAUUAACUGUAACCUGUAAUGAACUGAAUGAAAAAGAGGCUCUUGUGAACCAGCUAAAAGCCAAAUUAGAAGAAACUAUUCUAAAUUUUGAGUCAGAAAGGCUGGAUGCCAAUGAAAUGAAACAAAGGAAUUCUGAGCUUGAAAAGGACACAAUUUCUCUAAAAGGAACAAUAAAGCAACUGGAGGGCCUCCUACAGACCUCCAAGGUCCAUGCUGAUGAAGUAGCAAAGAUGGAGGAACAGCUUGCAGAGAAAGACUCCUUGAUGGCUUGUUUGCAAAAUAGUUUAAAAGAAGCACAAGUCAAACUUGAAGAUGCAGUCUCACAAUACAGUCUUCAAGAAACCAAACUGCAAGAUGGAUUUCAGCAAAGUGAAGUAGACAUCAAGUUGGCCAAUGAGGCUCUCGCUGAACAGGAAGCGGAGCAGGAGAAGAAAUUAUUAAAAUUAAAGAAUGAGAUUGCUGAAAGUGCCAUAAAAAUCAAGAGUCUGAGCCUUGAUCUACAGAGGAAAGAUGAGGAUGCCUCAGACUUAAGAGAGAAGCUGGCUGAUGCCAAGAAACAAAUACAACAAGUGCAAAAGGAGAUUUCAUCAAUGCGUGAAAAUGAGAAAUCAUUGAGACUAAAGCUUAAUGAGUCUGACAGGGUUAAGAAUCAGGUAACUAGGGACCUUGCUAGCAGAGACCGAACAAUCCUCCAAUUAAAGAAUGAGAUGUCCAACAGUACAAAGACAGAGGAAAUACUGCAGUUAUAUCAGGCAGCUUGCAAAGAUCUGAAAGCAAAAGAACAAAUUAUUGAAGACAUGCGACUGGCACUCACUGAGCAAGAGGAGACACAGGAAGAGCAAGAUAAAGUUCUUGAAGCUAAAAUUAAAGAGCUUGAAUGUUUAGCUGCAGAAAUUGAAGACUGGAAACGGAAAUGCUUCUUUCAUGAGAAGGAUAACAAUCAAAACCUAAAAACUGAAUGCAGGAACACUGAAUCUGAGAAUGCAAGAGAACAAGCCAAUAACUUGCAAGAAAGCUUGAAGCAAUCUGAAGAGAAGCACCAAGCUGACAGAAGAAAGUGGCUGGAUGAGAAAAUGUUGUUAAUUAGACAAGCAAAGGAAGCAGAGGGUCGACGAAACCAAGAAAUGAGGAAACUUAUGGAAGACCGAGAGCGGCAUGUCAAAUUGCAGACUGAAGUGGACAGUCAAACUAAACAGCUCUCUGAAAAGGAAGAUCAGCUGCAGAAGUGGAGGCAGGAGAGGGAUGAAUUGGUGGCAGCUCUUGAAGUCCAACUUAAAAAUCUUUUUGCUAGUAAUCUGCAAAAAGACCAGGAACUGAAAAAGCUGCAAGUAGUAGCAAGUGCUCAGCCACACGAGGUCAAUAAAGAUGAACUUCAACUCACACUUGCGAGGAAAGAGGCAGAGAUUGCUGAGCUAAAGGAGUAUGUAUCUAACAUGAAAGAUUCCAAGGAUAAACACCAAGCUGCAGUCACAGCAAGUGGAGAUACUUCCGUGGAGAAUAAGCUGGAAGCAAAGAGCACAGAAAUGGCCAACACUAAGUUUGUUCAGCAACUGCAAGAUGAACAUAGCAAACUAACAAGCAGUAUAAAGACUGUUUGUGAUGGGCCCACGACUAAGAUUGCUGCCUUACCAAGGAGUUCUUCAGCAAUUACCCUUCAUGAAGAAGAAAACGAGGUUGUUCUCAACCAAUCUGUACUAGACUCCUCUGAGGUUUCCACAGAAAAUGGAAGAACUAGCAGGUUCCCAAAAUCGGAGCUUGAUAUACAGUUCACACCCCUUCGGCCUAAUAAAAUGACUGUUACGAGGCAAGGUGGGGAUUCGUCUGUUACUGUCAAAAUAACCAGAACGGCAAAAAAAAGGAAGAGUAAUGCAAUGGAAAAGGACCCUGUGGAGGGUGAGAACAAGAAAAACACUAACAGUAGAGUAAUUGCAUCUUCACAGUCCAUCAGAAUUGCCAACAAUGGGAAAGAGGUAUCACCAGCUGCACAAACUAAAAGACCAUCCCCUUUAAGAAAACGAACCUCUUACUCAAGUUUAAGGUCUGUCAGCAAAAAAGAUGGAGCUCUUCAGAAAAUUGGAGAGUUCUUUCAGAGCUCUCCUACACUUUUGCACAGUAAAGCUAAAAAACUAAUUGGAUCACGGAGUACGGCUAAAUCUCCAGAAACUGAUGUUUGUAAAGAAACUGAGUAUAAACCCAGGAAGUCAAAAAGAAAGCUGUACAAAACAGAAAUAUCUUCUCCCUUGGACAUUCCUUCACAUCCAGUGGUUGGACUGGAUCAAGACGAGAAAGAAAGUGAUCAUCUUAUUAUUAAAAGAAGAUUACGAACAAGAACAGCAAAGAGAUGAUGUGAUGAUCAAAGUAUUUUCAGUUUCUCGUACUUUAACGAAAUCUGUUGCUUAUUUAACUUUUUGUAAUCUUCAGUUAUGUUGCAAACUAUAGUUUUGCAUCAGUGUAUGAGCAAAUGACUUUCUGUUUCUUAUAUAGAUUUCUCAUAACUAUGUAUAUAAAGAAUUACUAGAAUAUAAUGUACUGUUCAGUUUUGAUCUAGUGAUUUUUUUUUUUUGUUAAUUUUUUGUAUUCCUUUAUUUUAGGAAUAAAAUGGAGAAUAAUGUGUGUGUGAUAUGAGAAUUUAAUGCCCACAAGAGGGGUGGGAUGCUACAUAAACCCCAAGGUUAAUAAUAUAGAAACCUGAAUAAGUCAGUUACUGAACCAUGUAGCCAGCUGGACAAAUACAUCGUUGACAAAUUCAUUUGGCAGUUAAUUUUCGUGAAUUACUGAACAUCCUUAAAUGGCAAGUCUAAUUUUGGAUUUUUAAGUUCAACUAUGUGUAACAUGAACUCAUUUUCAAUCUCAAAUAAAAUAUGUGACUAAUACGGUAGAAACCAGUAGGCCUAUCCUUCCAGUGCUAUGAGGUGAACUCUCGUCUGCACUAGGUGUGUUAAUCGUAUCAAAACAUUGGCGCUAAUAGUAUUAUUGAGGAGUUAAUGAUAAAUCUAUAAAACUAAAGUAAGGUUUCACCUCGUCGUUCCUUGUGUUGAGGCCGUUAAGAAGUAACAGCUUUGUGACAACUAAAUAAAUACAUUUACAUUUUUUUUUUUUU